GUGUGUCACAUCCAAGAGUUGUUUGGUGUUUGUAUUGUGUUAAUAACAUAAGCAUCGAAAGUGUUUCACUUUUUCCAGACAGAAAAACAUAUGUGUUUUGUUCAUCUCCUCAUACCAGGGGAAGAACCGUAACCUUUUCUUGUGAUUUUUGCUACUGUUUUUGCUUUUCUUCUCUCAUUUGUCUAAAAUCUCAACUACUUUCCUUGGCAAUGGUCAUGGUUGUGCUUGACUUUCAGUCUAUGACGCAUGAAGUGGUGAUUAGUAAGCGCAAAGUAACUUAAGGUAUUUUCAAACUAGCAUACCACUUGAUGAUGUGUUACAGAAACAUUUUAAUUCAACUGUCUUUAAGAACACACAAGAGCUCUUCCGCCGCCCCACACUUCCAGCGCUUGACAUAAGUUUCUAUUAAAAAGCAACUCGAAUAAGCCAAAUCUCUUGCGCUAGUUUUCCUUCUGUUUUUUAGCUGACUUGGCUGGUAUUCGUUUGAAGUAUUUGCUUGUAUUGUUAACUCGGUAAGUCGUAAGCCAUCAAGGGUUUUUUGAUGAUCCUCUUGUAAAAAUAUUUAGUAGUUAAACGACGGUUAUAUAAGAAAAAUGUGCGCCGUAGUAAAAUUUGUUCGUCAAAAUGGUUGUGGCACGUGUUAUAAAUUUCUGGCCACACCUUGGGUAACUUACUAUAAAGCAACUUGGUCACUUGAUCAGCGACUCUUUGUGACUGCGAUAGCUUUUAGACAACUGAAUUUGCAAAAUUCCAUUAAACAAUGGAUAGUCAAUAUUACGGAGCUAAUAUAGGAUUGUAAAGACAUCGUGUUAGUACGAAAACCGACAAAUAACCUGGAUCCUUCGACUGCGACUUCACACCCCUUGUGUGGUGUUAAACGUUCCUGUGUGUGUUUAAUAGCACAAUUAGUAGUAACCAUUCCAGACGGAAGAGGUCUUUGUUUGCUUAAUUAAUCUUGAUGAAAUCAAUUCUAGUUAUUAAAAUAACCACGACAGUGUUAAACUAGCCGAGUCUCUUAUCUUUUUUUCCUUAAUUAAUCACUGAUUCCUUGAGGCGCAAAUUGCUGCGUGCAAUGCAAGCGAGUACGCUCUCUAAACUGAAAAAAAUUUCUAGCUCAUAAUCUAAUUGCUAAGUAGGGUUAACAAAGAAAAUCGAUUUUUAACUGAAGAUUUCGUGAAUGAAACUGACAGCUCAGUUAAGGUGAAAUUUUGAAGGAUAACCUCAGAGCAGAAAUAUGUGGAAUGUGAGAAAGACAGUGCCAGAUAUUUCGUGCCCGUUCACAUGUUUGACAGGCCGCGAAAGUUGAGACUCUUCGCUUGAUAAUUUGUUGUCGCAAUAAAGGAAAGGUCGAUCUCUCAUAAAGGUUGCAUUAUAUGGUGGUCAACUUUGCGGGUAAAGCCUAACUGGUGCUUGUGAAAGUUUUUUCGGGAAUCAAAUUAGUUAGUAACAAGUUGCAGUGUUAAGUCGCGGAAAUGACUCACAUCCGUAUUGAAGGAAAUAGUAACAUAAUAUAGCAAUGAAAGGACUAUUAGAAGUUCUUAAACUCAGAAGCGUGCGCAAUUCAUUGAAGUAUUGACAUGUCGCGCGCAAUUUGGACAAUGUCAACAAUGAAUUAAAUUUUAACUGUUGCAUCGAAUUGGCAAAAAAAUAGCUUGCCUGUAAGCCCAUAUUGAAUCGGGUUGUCGUUACUAUGCUAGAUAUUGCCACAAAUUAAGUGGCAUUGUGUGAAUGGCACCUCCCAGAUGGUUCUAAUUGUGUGAGCCCUUACGGAUAUGGCAAGAAAAUCUCGGCCACUUAGAUUCGAUCAGUAUUUUGGAUUUAGUUUGGGUCAAGUCAGUAAUCGGCGCAGCGGGUCGAAGUACACAACAAGAACCGUUCAAGGAGGCGAGCCUCUCUUCUUACAAUAGCACUUACUACAAAGGGUUUUGAGGUAAGCAAACAAGAUACACAGUAGUUUAUUUACGUUAAAAUGCUCUUUUAUACGAAAAAGGGUUAUUGUCCAGUGAUGAAAAGUUUAUUUAUUUAGACCGGUGAAAUUUCCCGCUAGUCCUGCCGGUCGGUAGCUCGUCUACGUUCGCAACAUUAUGGAGUCACGGAUUAUCUUCAGGACUUCAUCUGAAAAUUAGCCUGGCAUUAAACAAACUACUUUGAGAUACCUCAUGCGGAUUUGUGCAGUGAAAGAGCAAAGUCAGUCACGGGUUUCGACGCAUUCGAUAACAACCUGUCUUGUCUGAACUCUGGGCGGAGAAUUGUCGGCUAUUUAAUUUUUUUGGAAUCAGUGUCCGUUUAAGGAAAAAUUUUGGACAUUUGGUUUGCUCUUGCAGUGAAUGUAAUAACUCUGUUGUGGUUUCCUAUUUUGUAACUCGGCACGUAUAACUAUUUUAGCCGUAAAUUAUAGCGACUAAAUGUUUCCGGGGUAGCCAGUGGAGGUCGUUGUUACGAGCAAACGUGACCUGAAAUUCUAAGGAAUCACUAGAUGUUCACUAUCCGUGCUAAGCUAUUGUAAAUCAAUAAAAACUUAAUUGACGUCUCCGUAAAGAGAUGUAGAGUUUAUUAUUAUUAUAAUUAUAGUUAUAAUAAUAAUUGCUGUUAUUAAGUCUUUCGUGUCAGAAAGUUCAGUUUGACCCAGGCAAAUCCUUGAACUGAAGUUGUACUGUUCGAGAGCCCCUUGACGAGUAUCGUGUGCGACUGUUGAUCGUUCAAGGAUUUUUCUAGGCCAUGGCGCGUACAAACUAAUAUAUCCUCUUUGCGUGAGCUUUACUUAACUAUGUUAAUGCGUGAUGUCGGAUUAUAUUAGCAGAGGCAAUUUCCGAUAUCACAAUGAACUAAAUUCUGGCGUGUUCAUUUACGCCCUGGAGUAAAAAAAGUCACGACACCACGGUUCUUUCUUUCGAUUCUUAUCAAGAAUUAAAGACCCAAAACACGCUACCAAUCUCAAGGUCAGCUUUUUUUUAUUUUUCUCUUGUCAAGUCGAGACAAUCGAGAUUGCCGAAAGACGGGCCAUUCCGGUAUCGAUCUUGAGAGGGGAUUCAAUAUAAGCUGAAAGGAUUUCAAUAGAAAAUCAAUUACUGUUGUUAAUCCACUAUACACCUCUUAGUUUCGUGGUUUUUUAUUUUCACCGUUUGUGGGCAGCUAGGACUGUCUGAAGGAAUUUUACGAACGCUUCAACUCCUAGUUAUCACUGAAGCCGCCUCUCUUAUAAGCCCAACCGUAUCUACGUCUAUCCGUCGAAGAAACUCCUAUCCGGCUGUAUUCCUCAGUCAUCGGUGUUAAAAACUCUCCUUGUGAUACUUUUACUGUUGUUUACGCCUCACAAUUAUAUCAUUUGUCAUACUGAAUACAUUUUAACCACAUGUCUCGACAAAUGAAUUACUCGACUGGUACAUAAAGCAACAGAGAGGGAUUCAUAAAGCAGUGCAUCACUGAAUGAAAGUUGUGUGACAUUUAAAAGAAGAUAAACAAUAAAAAUUUUAGCCAAGGUGUUAUGAAAACAAAUGUGACGUUUUGGCGUAUAUUACUUGCUAGUUACCAUUGGCCAUCUUCAGAAUAAAACUCUUUUGUAGUGUUGUUGGGCCCAAGUCAGGCAUCCAGCAGCUAAUAAUUUGGCCUCAUUGUUACCACUCCAAGUUGAAAUUGCGUGUCUUUGAUAAACCGGCACCCGUGUUAUAAAAAAACAUCAUUUGAAACAAACCCAGAAUGACCUCAAGUACAGACUCCACUGUUAUACGCCCCUCAAUUUUCAAUCCCCGCUCAAGUUUCGUCAGGGGCACGAUUUUGUCUCAAUUACUUUAAGGUUAUCUAUAGUGCCUUUUAAAGCUCUGCAGCUGAGGUUAAUUUUAGGCUUCGCUAUAACAUUUGUAUCAGUUCGGUUAUUCUUAGGGAGCUUGAGUCUUCCCGAAUUCAUUACAGCUUUUUUGUCCAUUUCCCAAAACCCUUAGCAGAGGUUGUCAUUAAGUCCGAAAAACAUAGCUGGCCUUUUAUUCGGUACCCAAAACGACAGUUUUUAUCAAUUCGAAAACAACAGGCAUUGUAUUUCUCAUACCAAAAAAGUUCGAGGUAAAAAAAUCGGAGAGGAUAAAAGACCUUCCGAACAGAUAAUUUACCGAAACGUGCCAUUGGGUGUCUCCAGUUCGUAACUCAAAUGUUUGUAAGAUAGGGAGAAUUUGCUGAUUAGGUUAAUAUACAUUAUCAGAUACGCCGUUAAUAACAUCUUCACCUAUAUACGAUUUAAUUUUUAAAUGCUUUCCCAUCAACAGCAGAGCUGAAGGUAGUUGAAGAGACCUGUUUAGAACGAAGGCCCUCACAUGUGCCCUCGGCUAUUUAUUUAAAGCGUUAAUUAACGUUUGUCUUCUUCUCAGAUAAGAACUGAGAAUCCGGCUAGGGGAAGUGAAAGGAUAGAAUUGCCUCUCUCUGCCCUCUCUCUCCCCUCCCUAGGGCUACCGACGGCGAAGUCCUGCCAAAUCAUAACUAGCUAAGGUUAACUACAGAGGGUAGUACCUAGUUAGUUGUGAACUGUGCGUCUCUUUAAUUUUUGUCUUAUUAUCUCGCUACGUUCUCCAAGUUUAGCUCUCCUUUCAGUAAGGUGAUAUAGCAAGAGAGUUUUCUUUGUGAAUCACGAGUGAGAAACGACCAUUUUCUAUCAAUAUUUUGAACUAUCUAGAGUGUCUCUUUGGUGCGUUAGUGCUUGAUGCAGCCAGUUCAUUGGCUAGCCUGACGUUUAAUGACGUACCACUUUCUGUAUUGACUUGGUGAUAUGGGAGGUUGCCAGGAACUCAAUUAUUUAACUUAAUUGCGCAAGUGAGUGCAGUUAAGGUGGUAUUUGAGCUCCGUUCGGUUAUAAUUUCUGCCGUUUGGAGACAGUGGCAACGAAAUGUUGAGGUAGCUCCAUCUCAAGUCAAAUCUAAGGCACGGUAUGUACAUUUUAAACAUUGCUAACGGUAGAAUGUUUCGCCGAGUGAACGAGUUUCGACUUGCACUUAAGGUUUGCAUUUUGACGAUAAUGGCGUUUAUGGUAAGAUUCUUUCCCUUUGUCAAUUUUAUCUUUGCCCGCACAGGGAGUGCAGACAGACUGAAUGGAAUCAAACAAGUUCUAAUUGUAUUCAGCUCUUUCAAAAAUCUAAUUCCAGUAUAAACGGGCUUAGAGCUGUCUUUCUGUGGGCCGAAAGUCGUCAAAUGACAAGCUGCAGUUUUAGGGGGUUCCCUGUGAAGAGCUUAGGCUCGAUUUCGUUUUUAGCCGGAAUAGUGGCACAUUUCGUUGAGUUAAUACGUAUGCACUAAUUUUAAUUUGCAAGCAAAGCUCUGGUUGUUAGACACUUCACAAAAGCUGACGCAAGCACAACCGCUCAUUUUGCCUGGUAAAUUUUCAUAAUUUGUAGUUUUCAUCGUUAAACUUGCUUUUGGCGCACACCCAGUAGCUUGUAAAUAGUGGAUUUAGUAUGAAAUUUGGACACGUGGGUUUGACAGUGUUGGCCCGGAAACUUUAGUUUUGUACCAUUCCGUUACUCAACCGUUAAGUUGAUAUUUGUGAAAAGGAAAGCAUUGUGUUAACCACAAGAAUCAACUGUAAACGUAUACAACAUUCCAACUAAGACAACUACCGUCUUAAUUAAAUUCGUCUGGCUAAAUAAAAUAAAACAAAACGAAAGAAACCUGGGAAAAUACUUAACCUUCGUCUCACUAAUUUUGGAACAGCUUUGUUGCUUUGCAUGUGUUGUGAGGUCAACGUUGACCAUAAUUAUGUUUUGCUGUUUAGUUUAAAUGUGCAGAGAACAAACGAACGGAGAAAAAGGCAACCUCCAUAAAACAAUUAUUACACAUUGGGUGUUUACCUAGUAAUGGUAGGUGAGAUUGAAAAUAGAAUGGCCCAGUGACAGGUAGCAAUGUCAGAAGUGCAAAAUUCAAAUUGUUUUCCAACCAUUGAACCCUUUUUUGUAAUUACGGCGUGAGAAGCAGGACCUGACAAGCCGUACAUUAGAUAUUUAUGAUUAGAAUAGCUUGGCUUUCUUUGAAGUAAGAUGCGGCCGUCUACACAUAAAGCUUGGAUCUAAACCCAACCAGCUGAAAGUUGAAACAUGUAACGGGUGUCGGUAAAGACGGCGACGCCAAAACAGUGUUCUAGUCUUUACUAUCCGCUGGUAGCCCUGGAGCUGUGUGUGAUUCUUUUGUGCAAACGCCAGCUAAGUACUGAGGAAAUAGAGAGCAAUGGUUUGCCUGUCAGAAAUUGUAGGUUAUUUCAGCAUUGCAGCAAGCCAUUCAGUGUUUUAGACGUACAUGUGCAAUUGUACUUAUACAGAGCCAGAUGGGUAGCUACUUAGGCCAAGGUUAUUCGUCUGGUAAAAAUGGUAGAAUUCAUAAAUGACCUGCUAUAUAGUAGCAAUGGGAAAUGAAAUAUCGCCGAUUGAACUCCAUGCAAAUGUCCAAUUCGUGUUCAUAGCCAGGCGCAGCGUUUCAGUUGUUCGUAUCGAGUCAGAUUGAUGAGAAAAGAGAGGUCAUGCAGCUGAAGUUACUGAGUGGUCGUAGAGGUACGGCAAAUACCUCAAGAUGAAAACUGAAACAAUCUGUUGUUGUUUGGAGUUUCCAACAUGGAAAGCCAGGUGGUUAGCAACUUAAAAAAGAGUCCCGGAUAUUGGGCUAAAGUCAUGCUCGUUGGCUUGAAUGUUCUUAAAAUUGAACUCCCGCUGUUAAAUCUGUGCCGGCUACAAAGCGAAGAAACUCGCUUUGUUUUAAGACAUGCGUUUUUUUUGUUUCAUUAUGUUUUCUGGCUGAUAAAUGACCAGUGAUGGCCUUGUCUCGCGGACGGGCUUCAUGAAACAUUUGUUCAACACAUUUGGGCGUGUUAAAACCACUGUCAAAACAGCGCGAUUUUAAUUAUGCCGAUUUAUUGGAUGAACACAAAACUGUAAAUGCCGCCUCGUGCUUUAGAUUACUGUUAACCGCUGUGGUACACCUUGCAAAUUAGUUUCACAUAACUGAUUAUGGCUGAUUCCUCAUUGUUAAAUGUUAACUUCGACAUGCAAUUAGUAUUAAGUGAUUGGAUUCUCGGAGGUGCAAACCUCAUUUGGAGUCUACAGAUGAGUUUAGUCUGGUUGUUACACGCAUAAAACGGGAAAACCCCGCUAAAAAAUUAUCCGGAAAAAGUACUUCAGCUGAUAAUUACUACCUUAAAGAUGCACGAAUUAUGCGCCUUCUGUCUAUUUUUACGACAAUUAUGAUGAUUAUGUACGCUAAACCGUCAGCAUGACUGCAGCACCGUCCACACCGUAGGAGGGCGCAGCAUAUAAACUUAAGGGAGCAGUCAAUGUCUUACUUUUCCUUGCAUGUUUUAAAAUUUAUUGCCAAGCACCUAAACGACAAGUAAAAAGUUAUCAACUUGUUUUCAAGUUAUUUAUUGUCUGCAUGGUCUAUCAUCAUAUUCUCUCAACUAAUCUUCAAAUAAAUAGCUGAAAAUGAAUAAGGAGAAAUCAGAGUUUUUAGAGAAGUAGUUAUCGCCGUGAUUGAGAUCAUUUUACAGCAGAAAAAUAGUUAUUACAUCACCUAUGAUAAUCAAACCAAGCUUUAUAUAGUAAUCUAACAUACAAAACCGCACGACUAGCAUGAACUUGGUCAAGAAGUUUCUAAUGCUUUUUGUCUCUGUAGAUUAAACUAAUUUAGGCGCUUAAAUUUCCCCCCAAAAUGCGAUAGAGUUAUUAUUUUUUUUCAAGAUAAAGUUAUCAUUGCACAAAAGGGGCUGGGUUUCUAACUAAAAUUCAGCAGUUUCUCACUGCGACACUUGUUCGCUACAUCUCGUGCCACCCGCUCGAUUUCACCACCAAACAGACAUAAUGCAAACCGCCAAGCCAUGAAUAACGUGGACUUUCACUGAUUGUCUAAACUUGGCGCCUUAUUUUGUUUAUCCAGAGAUGUAAACUUCGUGAGCCCACGAUCCAUCCGGUCAGGGUGUCCUUUCUCUCGCCGGACUGGCCCGAAAUGUAUGCCAUUAUUAAGUCGUGAAGAAUUGUCGUGAACACUUGUUCCCCGGGCUACAUAGGGUGUUUUCAUAUAAAUUACAAUUCCAUGAUGGCGUAGUUAAACGACAGAGAUACGCUCGUCGCACAUUUGCGCACGUCUUAGAGCAUCAUGUGGACUUCGUAUUUCAAGUAAGUGCAGGUUGCGUCUCUCACCGAUGGAAGUUGCUUGCAUUUUCGCGAUCCUCUUACCCGAGAUAGCUGCAUGCGCUUAUUGGAGCAGCUAAGCAAAUUUUGCAAGAUGUUUGCAAGGUGCUCAGUGCGUUUGUGUAAAGCCGCAGAGCAGCGAUAACGAGAAUGCAAGCAAUUUUAAUUUCGAUUUAUCACUAUCCUCACACGUGUAGUACACCCAAAACAACCGGGUUUUAAUCCUUGUUGUUUUUCGCCUUUUUCGCUUUAAUAUUCUAGAAUAUAUUGGAAAUGAGUAAAAAUUCUAAUCACGUACAGUUUCAUCAGCCGAAUGUAAAUUUUUAUAUUUAUUCAUCGUCGACAGAUAUCUUAAAUUUGUCGAGGUGAAUUUCUUCCCUCGCGACGAUAAUUUCUUCGCUCGAAUUGAUACACGUGUAGAACUCGCCAGUUGCGAAAACGCAAUAUCCAUGACUUUUUUUUCGUGAUUAUUAUUUUUCUUUUUGCAGUAUUCAUCUGCUGAAUGAAAGCAAACUUGGUUUCAUCAAUCUCUGCCGUAUUCCGUUUUUUAAACAGAAGAUUCCCAGUCGGUGUCGUAAUUUACGUAUUCCACCAACAAAUAUUGAACCGGUUGUCGAGGAAGAACAGAAAAGUUAGUCUGUAGUGAUUUGCCUCGAAACAAGAUAAAGUCUUAGCUAGAGGACGAAUCCUCGGCGAACCGUCAUCGUACAAUGUCGUACAGCACUUGACAAACGUUAGGUAAUUCCUGUUUCGAAGAAAAAGCGCAGAGUUACAAUCUGACAUAAUGUUCGACUCGAGAACAUAUGCAAAUGAAACCGCUUUGUGUUGGGAGAACAUUUCCUUGUUCAGAACAUUCAACGCUGAAGUCCUGCUCUCGACAAAUUUAUUUACUCUCAAAAGUUAUGCUUGGAAGAGAGCUAUUUUUGAAACAGAGGGUGAUUGAAUUUCAUUACACACACAUUUCACUCAAAUUGAAUGUAUUUGCUCUAAAUUUGUAAUACGUAUUUUACAUGACAGUACUCGUUGAUAGAGGUAUAGCCAAAAAAACUUCCGUCGGCUCAAAAAUUUGCAUACCAGCUGGCCCUUAAGAAAAAUAAGAACAACAACGUGGGAAUUGUGUAGAAUGCCAUUAUUAGUAUGCUUAUUUCUUGGCACGUGUUAACGAAAUCGUCUCAGAGAGAUUUACGGCGUGAAAUGUUCAAGAAAUUUCAACGCUUGCUUCGUAGACAAAAGAAAGGAAACUCGAUCGCCCUUAUGAUCUCAAAUCUGCGCGAAGACAAAGAUGUAAUAUAUUCUGCAAUAUUUAUAGCGUUCGUAGCACCUAGUAAAGUUUAGGAAUUAUUUAUUCGAGCGGAUUUAAGGACUGUUAGAGAGAGUCUUCCUCCAAGCCAUUUAAGCCGAGCUUUUUUUGUUUUUCGUUUAUUAAAUGUACUGAGCUGUUCUUUGAUGGUGGUUCGCAAUUUUCCCCGCUAAGUGCGUUUGUUAUUAACAAUAAAGAUUGUAAGUUCUGCUAGAUCCAUGAUGUAAUGUGUCCACCCACUUUUGCCUGACGAAACCUAAUGUCUAGGAUGUGCGGGAAGGUUUUGUGUUGAAAAUGUAUCAAUGGCCUCGAAGACGCAAAUACGACCUGCUAGGUUUAUAAUAGCAACCACGAGGGGAGCGCGCGCUCACGAUUAGGAUCGAGCUCUCGCCAAGCAGGUGCCACGAACAACUUGGAAUAAGUCAAGCGGAGACCUCCCACCCUUGAAGCUGAAUUAAAAAAAACACCUCAAGUUCAGCCAGAAAACGUUUACAAAAACCGUUUGUGGAAACAAAUUAGAUUUUGCUGUGGCAACCAUGAUUUAGUGGGAAAAAAAGCAAACGGGGCAAACAAUGAUAACUACUGAAGCGAUGGAAAAACACUGGACGUGAGCUUUGCAUUUACCGUUUCAUUUGCAAUGAAUAGGCCCCGCGCUCGUGGAGUUUCUAAUUGAAAUCGAGAGCUAGAAAUGUAUCGUUUGAAUUUCAAGUAUUUUUAUCACUGAUGUAUUUCAUAAACUAUGAGAUUGUUUGUGAAUGUAAGGUUUUUGAGGCACUCUGCAUGGGACCCCUACCGUUCUCAAUUUUGUCUCGACACGAAAUUAGCUUUUCUUUGCGUAAACACACUGGCUAUGGGACUUAAGUCGAAUUUGUGCUUACUGUUUGCCAUUACUCAAUAUUACAAGUGUACACCUAAGAGGAAUAUUAGAUGGCUAAUAGCAAGCAGGCUCCUAGGUAAUGGAGAGCGGAACCGCUGAAAACGCAUACCUGAGAAUAUGUCGCCACCAUUUAAAUUAACCGUAUAAUUUCGCAGCGAUUUUGUAAAUUAAUAAUAGUGGACGUCGAAGAAUUGUCUCACUAGGCGAAGACGCUUGUCCCGGUCGAAAUAUCACUGGAAAUGAGGUAAAGAAUUAGUUGCUUUUAAGUGAUUGAAGACGUUAGAAAAGAAUAUAAGAUUCAAUUAUGUUUUAAAACUGGAAUGAAGACAUGGAGCUUUAAUUACUCUUGCGAAAUAGCCAAAAAAACUUUUCGUGUAAAAGUUCGUGAUUUGAGUCUUGAGUGCUCGAUUCAUUUUGGUAAUAAAAUAGUCUCGUUAUGGCUUACACCGAAUUGUCAUUAUUCCAGGUUUAUUGCUCUGAUAAAACUAUUACGCUAAAUAUAAUAUCCUAUAUUGAUGAAAAUUGAUUGCGUCCAAUAGUCAGAAAUAAAAGGUAUGUCGUUGCUCUUCAGAGCUAAAUUCGUCUCGACUCUGAAUAUUUACGUUAAUUUCAUGCUUAGUAUAGUGGUUAUUUUAACACACUGCUGUUAAACAUGGCAUUAAAAAUAGCCUCGGCCUCGGUACUAUUAUUACUGAGAAAACGCCAUUGAUUUUAAUUCGAUGACACACUUCGAUUCAUCAAACACCUUUAAAACGUUUUAGAUGAGCGCAAAAAAAAAUAAAAAAACGUUUUGAUAUUUCUUUGCGGAUGAAAAUUAUCUUAAUAUUUCGCAAGCAGAUAGACUGACGGAUGAUUCUGGUCACGGUUAUUUUUUGGGGAAGCUAAAAAAAUCCCCUGUGCUUGAAUGAUUAGACAACAGACGUCGGUUAAACUGGAUCUUAAGUUACUAUUUGUUUUUCCUUUCUUUCUUUUCUCCACUUUUUCUGGUGAGUUACAAAUCGAUGAACAUGAUGUGAAACAGUAGUACUUCGUUUUGAGUGUUUUAUUCCUGUUUUAAUUCCUUUAUCGGACCAUUCAACAGCAUUCAACCCACACAGAUGCUAGAUAGAUACUUCAGUAAAGACACAACAAGAGAAUUGUGAUCAGUUCUUUUUGAGCUUCCCCUCAUUUAUUAUCAACGCGAACUUGCAACUGUUUGAUCCUUUUGUCGUGAAAAACACUUUCCAAUGUGUUUAUUUACUUAAGAGAAAUGUCUUUGUAAAUAAGGAGCGAAUCUGGUUGGCAAGCAGCAUUUAGGAAAAUUUGCAUGAAUUAACACUGAAGGGGAGGCUUCCAAAAAUAACCCAUAAAAUGACAAACUGAAUUCCAAGCUCUAAUAUACGACUUUUCCUCCUACAAUCAUUGCUUUAAUACUGAAACGACAAAAAUGUCACGAUUACUAUACUAAAUACUGUAUUUCCUAGUGAUCUCUGCGAGUGAGAAAAUACCCACCAAGAUAGGUGGAACAGUGACUAACCCUCAUUGUACCCUAGCCCCGCCUAAGUACCAUGACUUCAUGUGCGCAAAAUUUACUUUACAUUUAGAGUAAGUUUUUAGUUUGUUGCCGUUGUUCGCAUUUUUCUUUCCUUCGUCUAGCUUUCUUUCCUAGCAAUGGCUUUUGUGACUCUCGGCUUCUGGUUACGUUUAUACUCUCCGUGCAAACGUUACCAUUCAGGUGCAUUCAAGUUUUUCUGUCAAACAUGAGCAAACCAACACGAGUGAGUUGGCUCCGUACCUCUCUUUUAUACCGUGGCAGUAAUGGGCUCCCGACCGUGGUCGAUUCAUUUGCUGUCAGCUUAUACUGAGUAGACCCAGCCGGGAAACGUGGCCGGUAAAUUUUACAGCCUGUUGAACAAAAAACUGUUUGUGAGAAAGACGUUGAUUUCGUUUUCACGAGCUUCAGACAAGGAAAAAAAAUUAUGUGUCCCCGACGAGGGUCAAACCCCGUGACAUACGUCAGUGAAAUACACCGGUCGGCGGUCUGAUUCUCAGGCCACUAAGCUACAAUGGGGCACGCUCAUUUACUUGCUGGUUUCUUUAAAGUAUGUGACACGCAUUUUGCAUACUGUCGGGCUACGAGCACUGUAGGAAGGGCCUUGUGUUUAUGUUUUGUUUUUGGACAUGUUUUUGACACUCAGAUUUUCAAGCUUCGCUAUAAACCUGACGGAAUCAAAGCGUUCUGCCUAAAAACGUACGGCAACGCUAGCAAGGAGAAUGUUGCAUUGCCUGUUGUCUUUCUGUACUGACUUCUCGGUGGCUUCUGUCCACCUUCAUAUGUAAGCACGAGGGAGAGGUUUCCUCUCUUUGAUGGCGGCGCUGUUCAAAGUUGAGUGUCGCGACUCCAAGAAAAGCCUCUUGUUAUAGUUUGUAACACCGCGUUAUAAAUGGGUUAUAAAUCUUGAGACAUUUCGUAGCGUCCUUAGCCGUGCUCUUCAAAACAACCAUGCAAAAAGACUGUACAAAGGUACAAGGUUCAAUCUAAAAUGAAUAUCUAACGAAGGAAAUGACAUAAGGGCAGAUCAAGCAGAAUUCGAAAAGUACAAAGUACGAUUUGAAUACAAUCUGAGUGAGAGCAAGAAACUGUGACUACAUCGUAAGGUAAAUUACUACUCUUGGCUUUUAGGAAAGGUUUCAAAAUCGUAAAAUAUAGCUUAGCGUAGCAUGACUGGCGAACAGUAAAUCCUCUCGUAACAAGGACGUAAACCACGAUGGCUGGUUUUUUCGUAUUUCUCGUGUCGACUUGCCUGAAUGCUUUCCUUUCCUGUUCAACUAAGCCACAUGUAGUCCAUGAACCAAAUGACACACGAGGAAGGACCGGUUGUAAGGCAAAAAUUUUACUCUAGCGGUGUUCUUCAAUAGAGUAUGAAUUCAUUCUAUACAAGGCGUUGUCCUUGGCGUUGCCGUCGUUAUUGCUUAAGCUCCUUAUGUACUAAAGAGGGAGUUUUAGGAUUCAUGACCCUGAUGACCUGGAUUUCAUGACUGCUGUUUACAACUAGUGUUUUUUUUUUCUCGGUAACUGUGAACUAGUCACUAACGGCUAGAUAGUGGUGUUUGUUUUUUUGUUCACAAUACUUCGUUCAUUAGUCUACUAUGCUUUGUAGCGAUAUAGAGAACUGACUGAGCUAAAAGUUUGUAAGAUAGUCAAGGUCUUACAUAAUUCUCAAUGGCUUGUUGUUAUAAUUACUUUGUUUUUAUACUCGAGAAUUUUGUGGUUAAAAAUUCGUCUGAUUUAUGCUCUCGUGCAGAGAAAUGUUUAUACGAUGUAUAUCUUAGAGAAUGUAGUCAAUGGUACACGUCACUAACAAAGGAAGGAAGGAAGUUUAUGAAACAUUUCUAAGGUAAUUUACAACUAUUUAGUUUCCGGAGAAAACGAUAAAAAAUUAAUGUAAUUACCAGCAAUAAGUGUCCACAGUGUAUCCACACUCAAAAACAGACCAACAAGAUCAUUCAUCUUGUAGUAAUUACAGGUAUCUGCAAAAGCUAUAUUCACUGAACAGGGUAUGAACUGCUCGAGAGAAAAAAAUACGUCGCUAAGAAAUUUGUAUCGUGACGAUUAUAUAUGAGGAUGUGCACUACACAACUGUGUAGCCGCGUCGGGUUUAUGGCGGGAAAACACCCGGCUGCACAGUGUGUGGUGGGAGUUUGUACGAAGCUGAGCGCAGCAGACAGUCCUCGAGUCAGCGGACGACAAACAAGAAUUACGAGUAGGUUUCAAUUUCAAACUUCAUGUUGUUAUUGUUCUGCUUUGACAAAGUCUUGAGGGAAUGUUAGAGUUGGAAAUAGCAGAGAAGGUAAUCACUAAGUUAGUAGCCUCAUUGUGUAACUUCGUUCCUUAAUUAGGCUCCUAAUCUCAGCGAUCCUUGUGUUGUGAGUUUCAAUGUAUGCUAAAUCUGUUAUCAGACGUAGGUCGUAGCAGAUUUUAGACAUCUUUGAAUACAAAGACGUACAUCAUUGUACUUUUGUAGCCCGUCGGCAGUAAAGACGGAAGUUUUAUUGAGAUUCAUUCAUGGAAAAAAAAAUCGUUUAGGAAAGAUUUUCACCUCAAACGUUUUCGAGAACAACCGCUCGCUAUUCGCAAACGUAAAUAUUAUGGUUCUACAUUUUCCCUAAGACAAGAAUACCGCUGUGCAAUUCGAGGCUUCAAAAUUAUUCUAGUUCAUAGUUCAAUUCAGUUCAUAGUUCAGAAUGAAUGUUUCUCUUGAAAAACUAAUUUUCGCCAACUGGGGCAGCUCUGGGCAGCGACGCAAGUUUUCUAAUUAUGGCGGAUGUUGUUGUAUUUCGGAGCGUGUGGUCUUCAUAAACAAUAUCUAUUUCUACAAAGAUUAUUAGAUACAUUACAGCUCAAAGAGUUUGUUUAAAAAUUAAUGCAAGCUUAUUUGACGAGAGCGCUAACACGGGAAGUCUUGCCGCACUAGCCAAUAUUUGUUCAAGAAAACAUCUCGACCAUUUGUCGUGUCAAACUGAAUUUCAUAUCUGCAAAUUAAAACAUGAGGCCAUCGUCAAAUAACGACCUGGCAAUUUAUUACUAACUUCCUCAUUAGCAUUAUCAACUUGACAAGAAGCAGAGCUUUUGAAAUAGAAAACAUCUGCUGUAUACCCGAAUUCCCGGCUCAGCUGCAGUGUGAUCUCAAAAUUUCUCCACAUGGUCUCCAAACGUUAGUCGAUUUUUGGUUGAAACAGUUUCUGGUUAGACUCAAGGUGUUCAGUUUUCCAGGCCAGUAUGAUCAUGCUGUUCUUUAUUCUAGCCGUUAAAUGGCUGAGAAAAUCCAGAAGAAAAAAAUAUCUAACACGCUAGUGGUCAGGUACAAAAAACCGCAGCGCUAGGCUGGACCCCCGUGGAUGGAGUGAUGUUUCCGCGAAAGGGGUAGCGCGCCAUCGCUAACUGGAAAUUCUUUCGUAAAGAUUUGUUUCCUGAAUUACCAAUUUGAAAACAUUACAUGAAACUUGAAGUAUCAUUUAACUAACUGAUAGCUAAUCGAGGUCACUUGGUCAGCUUGUGAACUGAUGCAACUGACAUCACAAUGUUGGGGUGUGACACGAUCACGUGAGACUACAAUAGACUAGAAAUAAACUCGGCACCUUUUUGAUCAAAAAACAUCUUGCGCGCAUCAUUGUCGAAUCUGAUCGAAUUUCUGUAGUAAUGGUCUAGCCCCGCCAAACGAAGUAGCUAAUUGAUCAGAUAACAAGUGUUUAGAGUUAAGCUCCCCAUCUCUGAACUUUUCCGUAACAGGCGGACCACCAUGUUAGCCCCGUUUAAUGUGGAAAGUUUUUCUGGAAUGGGUUCGUGGGCGCUUAGCGAGACCGGAAAGUCUGUCUUUUGUCAAAAUUAAUGGUCAUUAAUUCCAGCCCAGCAUUUCUUGGGCUGAUAUCUGUCGAGAUAACGAUAAAAAACUCGAGUAAUCUUCGUAUAGUGCACCAUAAUUGGAUGCGAAAGAAAGCCAAAUUGAGUUCGGUGUUACAUAAGUUGUGUGCGGUCUGGGACGAUCCAUUGAUAUUUUUAUAAGCCGAAACAGUCUUGUCUGAAGUAGAAGGUCCGUUCUUGAAUACCACAAGGUGCCGAUUCAAGACAAGCAGUUUGGUGGUCAAAUUUCUGUUUAGGAUUCUAAUACCUCACUGUUUUUUAGUUUUUUCCGGUUUAAAUGAGUUGAAAACGAGCGAAAGCGAUGUCGGCUGCUAAUUGUGUUAUUUUUGAAAACACGCAUGAAUUCUUACACGCGACUAACAUUGUACAACAGCUAAAUUGCAAAGGAAGAUUUGAGGUAUGUAAUGUAUCAUUUCUUAAAUGAUUUUCGGCUCUCUAACAAGCAUCGAAACUUGGAAACGUUCAUUAAAGACCUACAGCGAAGGCCUCGCUAAAAUUCAACUCGAUUACUCACGAAAGAUAGGGGGUUAACCGUUUCUUUUGCAACCACGGCAGUUUUAUGAAGAAUUUAGGGGGCGUAGGCCAGAUUCCAUUCGGAGCUAUCAAAAUACAUUGCAAUCGUUUAUAAAUACGCUUUCCUAUCGGAAAACGUGCGUCAAUCCUAAGUGCCAUAGUUUAAGUAAAAUUCUGAGUAUACUUAAGAUUAUUGCAUCGAUAGGUGUUUCAUUAGAAAUCUCGGUCAACUGUUUACAAACACUUGUAUCUAUUUCUGUCUCGUUGUUCCGUGGGGGUUGGUACGUGUUGAUUUAGGGGGCUGGAGCGGGGUGGAGCUGUUCAGUUUCCUCUCGAUACUGUUUUCCUGAAGGAAAUAUUGCGCUGUUAAAUUCGAACAUAAGACUAACUUCUUUUGUCACACUCUUUUGUAUUCUGUAUACCUUAGUCAGUAUUUCGCGUGUAGACCUGACAGUAUUCCUUUCUGUGGGAUUUUAGCCGAGGGUUUACGAAACUGGAAACAUCUCUGUCAAAACUGGCAGAAGUUCAAGUAUUUUCUUUGUUAUGAAAACAAAGCAAAAGAAGUGAAUUGAAUAAUUGCUACUCGUGGCUUAUUAAACCAUAGCCGCCGGGUAAUAGGACUACUUAGUUUUGCACACGUGUGUUUUAAUUACUCAUUUUUCCCUAGAGAAAUUGUUUAUUUAUUCAUACACAGGAAAAAAUAGUAAGAGUAAAUCCACUUUUAUUUACGGCAACGCGACAUGAUCUUAUAAACAAAACAAACGAACAAACAUAUCACCGAUAAACAAACUUCCUCCAAGCUCAACCGUGUAAUCCCGGUCACAAAGCGAAUUUACAGGUUUACAUUUGCAACUUUACACUCUCUUUUCUUGAGAAGAGUGGUGCAUUGCUAGAGCUUCUACAUAGCUAGUUCAAAAAUGCCAGUGUUCUUUACAGGCGUUCUCAAGACGCGAAACGAACGGAGCUCGAAAGAAUUAAGAACGAAAGCCGCCAUCUUGAAAAUUCCGCAACAGCAAUGCAUAGCGAUCGUAAUACGUAUCACUUCCCCUCCGGAGCUGUGCAUAUCUCUUAACACCCCGGGCUUGUCAAGAAUGGUCAAUUUAUUGGCGCGUGCACCCUCCAGGGUGGUCUUAGAACGUCACGGCCUGUUUUUAAAAUCUUAACACUGCUGACGCGCUGUUGACCAAUUAGAAGCCGAUAGCGACCGGAUUCAGGCUGUAGACGUUGGCGUUAUGUUUGUUUUAAUUACCUUCGAUUCCUAAUUGCUCGCUUACGCUAGAUUAUUUGAAUUGCAAAAAUAUUUGCUUUGGAAGCAUAUCUGACGAUUUAGAGGCUCGUUGUUGCGGAUUCUGUUCCAAACUACAGGAAACAAGGAUCAGACUGGGAAAACCCAAGUCGAAAGGUCACGGAUGUUGGUAUUGUUCUAAGAACAGAACAACCAAUCGAUUGCAGCUGCUUAUCUUGGUUUGUCAGAGAUUUUUUUUAAUCCACUUCUGUGCAGGCCACGGUUUUGUUCGGUCGAUUUUGUAAUGCGUGUGCUUGACUGUCCACGUAAAAGCACCGCUGUUUGGUCCGAAAUUUGCCCACAGUUCGCGGGUGGUCUCUAUCAGUAGGAAAACCUCAAGACACUGAUCAAAGUCCUCGCGCGGUCGCUCAACUCUUACGAGACAGAAAGCACAUGACGGUGACCCGCUUGAGCGAGUGCAUGGGAGAAAGAAUUAACAUGGAAUCCCACGCAGUCACUUAGGUAAUGAUCCCAGAAUAGACUGGCGGGUAACGCGAAAACUAUUCGCUGACCUGUACAUAGAUAUCUGCUUGACUCCAUUCUGCCUCGUCUGCUAAUUCGUGCUUUUAUUUAUUGUGCAACUACAAGACGAUUGUGCGUACGGAAUGUAAAACGCCGUUGUAAGGCGAGCUGUGUGUUAUUGACGCCGUUCGGCCGUGCUAAGUAUCCAUUUGUGGCUGCAGAUUUAACUCACUCAUCGAUUUAUCACCCGUGACAAUCAAAAGAUUAGCAAGGCAACUCACUCACUCGGCCCUCGGGUCGGCUGCGGUGUGCCUUGUCGCAGAUUUCUUGCACAGAAAUUAAAGUGAUUUGUUUGUGAGACAGUGGAACCUUGCACGUAACGUUUCGGAGCGAGGUGAGUGAGCGUAAACUUCGGAUAAGUUUCACACGACAUUGUAAUCCUCGUAUUAGGCUUAAAACAUUGUUUAGAAAACGAAACUAAAGAACAAGAUUAGCGACAAUAAAAGACACCUUUUGUGCCCUCUCGUCUUUCGGAAUCUUUCUUUAUCAGUUUUUGUUUCCUGUUGGUAACAAAGGACAUAAACAAACCGAUCGUGUGAAGAAGUCGCGCUUCGCUGCCUCAUCGAAAAAAAAAUUCCCAGCUAUUAAGAGACCACUCCAGAAAUGAACAGUGACGGGAAUUGUUCCCUAAAGAAUUCACGGGGAGUCCCCCCACCCAUAUGUACGCAUGAUUACGCUGCUAUGCUGUGUACCUACCUGUAUCUCUUGCAUCACCGGUGACUUGACAACAGUCUGGGCUGCCACCUUAUCAGGUCUAGAUUUGAACCUGUACAGGACUAAGCUCAAUGAAUGACUAAUGGACUUGCUCGGCUGUUUUCACUGUUGUGGUUACCAGACUGCGGCUUUGAAUUUAAAGAAAUUCCCUGAUCGUACACGGCGGCGAAUUCGGUGAGUAGCGCCAGGUCAGCUCUUUCUCACGCGCGCGUCUUACAAACGUAGCCCUGCAGUGUUUUUAUCUGGUAUCUCGAGUUAUCUUGCGUAUUCGUUCUCGCCGCAGAGGAAACAGAGGCGCACAGAAAGGACGACCAAUUUAAUUGAAUCGAUUUUUUAGCCUGGUAGGGUUUUUGGCAUUUCCGAGUGAAAUCAGCGUAGAAAUUUCGUUUCAUCAAACGCAGUCCAUUGUGUGAGGUUUCCUGUAUUAGUAGAAAUAACGAAAAAUCAGCGAUAAUAUUACCGCGAUGGUGCGAUAAUUGAAACAUUUGAGGACACAUAAGCGCGACAUAUCGACGAAACAGUCAGAUUUCAAUGGUCCUCGCUUUCAUGAGGUAGAAAUCGUGUUGUAGUUGAUAUAUUUUUGUUAUUUUUCCGUUGGUAUGCUUUGUUGCGUGGACAGGCCCAUACACGUCCUUCACUCGAUUGCUGGAGCGAGAGGGCCAUCUGUGAUCCCGGGGGUUGAAUUUCUACGCAAUAAUCAUCGGCCUUUGACUUGAUUUAGUGAAACCAUUGUCUUCAGUUGCCAAGUCCGUCUCGAGCGCGAGCGAAGCACUUUGAAAGAGGUCCCGAAAGAGUUGGCUGCUAUUCUCCAAAUCAAUACGUCAAACCCACAGGGUUCGUCUGCGAUAACACUUUGUGUACCUUUCAAAUCAAGCAGCCGUGAAAAACGUAUCAGCGCGAGCCCGUGAAAACACCUCGCGCCUUGCGUUGCGUUACGCAUCUGACUUUCAAUCUGGCUUGACGAUCCGAGCUGGUGGAGAUCUUAAAGAUUGUCUUCCGCUUCCCAGUUUAACAGAUGAUGACAAUUGACAACUGGUCCGUUAAGGAAGCUCAUAUUCACGUAACCAAAAUUUAAUCGCAAUUAUCUGCAUGCUGUUUCAGGCUGAGCCUUGAGAGAAACGACGCACGACCAUCACACCGAGGACUCGAGUGGGUUUUACCACACUCCGUGAAGAUUACACUUUAAUGAGUUGGGCACGAAACUCAUGCAUUUGAGAUACUUCAUUCGGCAUUCACUGGCCGCAUUUUUGAAAGGAAUACAGCGCCCAAACCUUGGAGUACUUGUGAUUUUACUUUUGGCUGCGACGCUGCCUCACACUCGGGCAACAGGAAUGUUUGAAGUCCGAUUCUUGGACUAUGCGAAUCCUGGGCAAAGAACCGAGCAGAUGGCGUGUUGUAGUGGUCAAGAGGUAGGAGGGAACUGCUCUUCCCCCUGCAGCACGUUCUUCAGAGUCUGUGUCAGGCCUCUGGCCGAUACCACCUCCUGUAUCUUCGGUCAGAAGAACUCGGACGUACUGGGAAACAGUUCGUUUGCGAUCCCGUCCAACAGUCUGCUGCAGAUCCCAUGGCCGGACAGUUUGUCAUGGCCGGGGUCAUUCUCUCUCGUCGUGGCUGCAAAACAUAAAGGAGUUAACUCGUCAGUGCUAAUUGAACAAGUCGUUGUUAAAAGACAGUCCCUAUUGCCCGGUCCGCACUGGCAUAAUGUCAGCCACGUGGGUGAAGUGGCCAAUAUAACGUUCUCGUACAGAGUGAUAUGCCAGCAGAAUUAUUAUGGAGACACGUGUUCCAAGAUCUGUAUUCCGCGAGAUGAUCAGCUCGGCCAUCACACCUGUGACAGCAACGGCACGAGGGUCUGUUUACCAGGAUGGAGAGGAAAUUACUGCGAUAAAGCAAUUUGCGAGGGAUGUGACACCUCGCACGGAUCUUGCAUUAAGCCUAACCAUUGCAAAUGUCAAUCUGGAUGGCAAGGUUCAAACUGCACGGAGUGUGAAGUGUACCCUGGAUGCCUUCAUGGUACUUGUGACAAGCCAUGGCAAUGUCAUUGUAUUAACGGCUGGGGCGGAUUUCUUUGCGAUCGAGAUUUGGAAUAUUGCACCCGACGAAAACCUUGUAAGAAUGGGGCUACGUGCACAAAUAUUGGUGCGGGGGGGUAUUCCUGUGCCUGCAAAGACGGCUACACUGGACAAAACUGUGACCAAGAAAUAGACGAAUGUUCAAGCAACCCGUGCUUACACGGAGGAACGUGUACGGAUCUAAUAGGAGAUUACAACUGUUCGUGUCCCGAGGGAUUCGGCGGGAAACAGUGCUAUCCCGAAUGUGUGCCUGGUGCAUGCAAAAACGGCGGGUCUUGCAUUCAUGGACCCCGUGGGUACACGUGCCUUUGUUCAGAGGGAUUUACCGGAGACAGCUGCGAAAAAGUAAUCCCGACAGGUCCCGCAACUACACCCGGGACUACGCGUCCAAGUAAAACAAAUGCAACCGUUGAUGACUAUAAUACGACGACAACAAAUCCCGUUGCAAACACUACUGUUGAGCAAUCCCACAACGAUAGCAGAGGAACAGGUCCCAAAAGUCGGACUACAAUGAUAGUUGUGAUUCUAGCCUCUGUAUUAGUGCUGUUAGCACUAAUCGUCGGCGGUGUCGUUUGGAGAUAUUGGAGAAAGCGCAGGCGCGCGGCACAGGACGCCGCUGCAGUAGCCGUGGAAGCGCAGGCUCAAGUCAAUCCCAAACAAAUAGACAUUGAGGACCCUGAUCCUAAACAUUGUGCGGGCGCAAGAUCAGGCAAUCCUGACAUAAUUAGAAAUUUCGUGGCUUCGAAGCAGAACGCAAAGAAUACAAAUAAAACGCAGGAAAAUUCAGCAGAAGAAAAGCUGGAAGAAAGAAAGGCACACAAAGAAAAUGCGAGGCUCGACCAGCCGACAAACCAUAACAAGCUGAAAUCACGUGAUGUCAACCGCGGAAGUGAUUAUCACGUGAACAGAUGCGCAGAGGGUCACGUGAUGAAUUAAUGACCCAAUUGAAGUCAGCUGGUAUGGCAGAGAAAUAUUACAAAUCGAAUGGGAAUCAACUGUGAAUACUGUUGAAUCGACAAGCUGAAAUGUCGAGAACCUUAAAAAAACAGGACAGAAUAAUCCCAGAGACACUAAAGCGGCAGUGCCUGGGGAUUCAUGGCUGUUAGGGCGUGUAAAGCUGAUUUGAUAUAAUAAUUUUCAAAAUAUGGACGGUUUGCCGCCAAUCCCGAGAGAUUCAAAUGGUAAAGGUAUGGCGGCCAUGUUGGAUGUACCAACAGAAGAAGCUACAUUAGUUGGACACCUUUUGCUAAUAUCAUCCAUCAUGGCGGCGAUGACGUCACAUGAAAAAAAAAUACAUAUACAAGACUUUUUUAAAAAAAUUCAGAUUCAAUUUUUUGGACCGACCGUUAAAAGUGUAGACCGACUGACCCCUUUCAGGGUACGCGCUCGAGGUAAUUAUUUAAGGGCUUCGCAUUAGAACCUCUGGUCUCUCAUGUCGUCAAGCAACGGCCCAACGAGACAGCUGCGAAUGACACUAUAGAGCCUCGGGAUUGACAAAAUAAAAGCUCCCUUUGAAUGAACAAGUGCAAGAAACACCUUCGGAUAAAAAAAAAGAGGGCAGUGGUAGUAGGUCGAAAACGUUUGGUUUUGAAAUUUUGUAAUCGUUUCAGCCUUGUAUAUAUAUUUUUACUCUUUUAGCGACGAAUGUUUUUUCAAAAGAAAAAAAAAAGAUUCAAACUUACCAUAUAAAGGCAGUACGAGCCAAGAAUGUUGAGUCAUCAUUGCUUUUUGGGAAAUUCUGAAAUGUGAAUAUUCAGCUUGCCUUGACUCUCGCGCGUACUGGAAGAAAAA